GUUAUGAAAAUUUUAACAAACACCGUUAUCCACAUCAUCCCAGUCAUAGACAAGGCUUUUGAGCAAAUAUGGGGAGACUAUAAUAAAGAAGUUCUCGGUAAUGUUAAACCUGAUAAGUUUUUGUGCAACAACAUCACAGCCGACUUUAAGCAGGUUGGCGAACAAAUUCUCAAUGCUGGAGGAAGAAUCAGCGGUCAUCAAGAUCCCAAAUCAGUUGCGAAUGCCUUUAAACACAUGCUUCUUGAAGAAAAGUUUGACUUGAUGCUGAAUAUUGAAGGAGGUGGCAGUGGAAUAUUGUAUCCAACUACUAAAGAUUCAAUUGAAAUUUACAAGAAGAUAGCAGAUAACUAUAAAAUGGCAGUGAAAAUACCUAGAAGUUGUUCAGAAUCCAACAAAGGUACUGACUCACUACUUACGGACUACCUCUACCAUGAGUAUUACACACCAGUGAUUACAUCAAAGGUCAGUUGUUGCGAAUAUCCCGCUAUUGAGAACAUUCCAUAUAUUUGGAGGGAUGUUUUGGAUCCAAUCAUGACUGUACUUUCUAGUACACUAACUGGGGUCGAAGGAGUUGUGGAGAAUACUCUUGGAGAGCCCAUGCUAAAUGCGACAAUAACAAUAUCAGGUAUCGAACAAAGCUAUGAGGUGAGCAAAAAAAUUGCCCAUUUUAGAAUGAUGUUGCCGCCAGGCAAUUAUAAUUUGGAAUUCGCGUGUCACAAUUACCAAACCAAGCUGAUGCAUGUAACAGUAUCAGAAGAUAGCUUAUUAUCCUUGAAUGUGGUGCUUGUAAAAGAUGGACAGGGUAUUCCAGAAGUGUAUCAAGGUACUAUUGUUCCAGUCAAGCCACAUUUUGAAGAUACAAAUAUUUCUAAGAGCAUGCAUCAGCCGUUUUCGGGAGAUAUCAGUUCUGGAAUAAGAGGUUACACCCAAGACACAUCUGACCACCCGAUACCGCAUGCCAAUAUAUUCAUUGUGGAAAAGAAUUCAACUGUGGUGUCUGACACAAAUGGAAAAUAUGAAGUACCUCUUCCUCCAGGAACCUAUACACUCAAAGUGACAGCUCUUGGAUAUUUCUCAAACGUCAAGUUGGUUACCAUUGAUAAAGCUAACACUUUGCCAAAAGUAGUCAUGGUGAAACUUGAGAAGGACAGUAGCCUUUUCGGUGUUCCUAGACUCGCUUUUGUUCUUCUCACAGGUAUUGUAUUAGCUGGCAUUCUUGGAUUAGGCACGGCAUGUUAUAUGAUGUGUAGACGUAAAAGCCAAUAUGGUCUUGUACCUCAACACAGCUUUUAUGAAGAUUUCAAAUACGAUUUCAGAGAUGAAGGCAAAGAAAAAGAACUUUUCAGAAGACCACUGACAAAACCACUUACUAGACCGUAUUACGACGACGAUGACGGUGAAGAUGACAAUUUUGAAUAUGCGGCUGAUGGAACCACCAGUGAAUCUGAUGAAGAUGUUAUUCUGAUACCACAUCAAAAGUGAUGAUUGAAAAUGAGAAAUACUUCACUUGAAAAACGUGUCAUCUCACGUCUUACUUCUCAUUUUAUAUUUCCAUUUGCAUAUGCUCAGUUCCAGCUUUCCCUUUGGUCUACAACAAGAAGGCACUAAUUACAUCUAGGUUUUCAAGUGACAAUAUAAUCUAGAAGUGAAUCGAUUGAAGAGGUAACAAAAACAUAUGUGAUGGAAUAGGUCCAUACUUGAUGGAAAUUCAUAACUCAUUCAAGUAACAUUUAUUGUGAGCUUUUCACUGGAAAGUUCACAAAACUACAAGUAUUUCAUAAUACAAUAGCUUUUUCAGUCGUAUUCAUACUAACUAAAUUCUACAUGAUUCAAUAAUAAUUUGAAUAAUAUAACUUCCUGCCUACCUAAUUAUUGAUAAUUUCACCUUUGAAUCUACAGAUUUAAACAUUGAGAAAGAAUCUUAAUGUCGUUUGAAUGUAUAAUCCUCCACAAUGUAGGACCAUAACCAGGAUGACAUCGACGCUCUUUUGAUUAUUUGAAUUCAAAAGGACCAACGAUAAAAUCAACAUUAUGAAGGGUAGUUACUAAUCAACUUCAUUGUCUUGACUCAAUAAUCAAAAAAUCUAUAAAUACUCCUGAUAUGAUUGUUUAUCCAAAGAAAACUGAUACUAAUAGAUAUCUCCACUAUAAAUCUAAUCAUGAAGCUGGUGAAAUAUUCAAUAAUAUAAAAUAUAUAAGCAUGAAAAGGAAUGCCUCAAAAGGCUCCUGGAAGGUAAAGAAAUAAAUUAUAAAUUAUUAGAAAACAAUAUCAGAUUACUCCAAGAAAACAAAUUACUUCUGGAAGAAAAAGUGGCACAUCUAAAUGAAGAGUUGGAAACAAAAAAUGAAGCUAAUAAGAAUAAAAUAGAAAACGAAACACUCAUCAUAUCUAUAACCAAAAAAAUCAUGGACAAAAAAUAAAAAUGAUUACGCAUGUUAUCACUCCAAUAAAUAUCAGACCCCAGAAGAUCAUAAACAGUGUGAUCAAAGUGGCAAUGCAACAUUGCAAUGCAAUGCCACAAGGGAUCAAAACAAGCCAAAAUCAUACACUUA